AUGCGUAAUUGUAACCUUCAAAUCUCAACACACUACAACUAUGACGAGCGCGGCGGGUCAAUGCGAGCUGUCGCUUGGAAUGUACACUUCACUACCGGCGAAGAAGAGGAUCCGGGCGCCUUUGCCGCAAUCUUCCAAGUUAGUGGCAGUGACCUCAUUACCUUUCGUGAUGUUUGCAAUGAACUGCGUCUCUGCUUUGAGUUCCACAACGACAAACUGCGCGGCGACAGCCACGAUGACGAUGACGAACAUGACUCCUGGUCUCAUAUCGCAUUCUACCACCUUGUGUACCACGAGGACUGCCAUGUGCCUUCCAACUCGUCACUAGACUCCCAUUUACAAGCAAAACACGCUCGACACCUUCCAAACCCUGUCCGCCGUCGCGAUGCUCGAUAUUUGCCACCGAAUAGAACGCCAUCUGAUCCAAGACUUGCUGUUAUGCCGCUCCGACGGAAGUUACAAGCCCGCCCUCAGUCUCCUGCUAAGCGGCCGGCAUCGGACCCAAAUUCACCAACCAAGGAAGCUCCGGACGAGUUCGAUGACAUGCUUGCACCUGCAACUAUGAAUAUUGAUCCUGAUGAGGCUAAGAGGUUUACGAAUGAAUUCAGAUCCUCCUGUCUCAAUAGAGCCACCUCUUGUGCCGUUUCCGGCCAAGGAGAAUCAUGGUGUCCGGGGCCGCCAAUAGGGCCUGGUAUUCAGGCUUGCCUCAUUGUGCCUCAGCAGCAUUACCAUCUGUAUCCUGUCAGUAGCGGGCUUGCUGACGGUCAUGUAUAG